AUGGCGUCGAGGGCCGAGAAGUUCGAGGAUGAGAAGCGUCGCAUCAUCGAGAGCUGCUUCGCGCGGCGCGACGAGGACGGCUCCAUCCUCGAGACGUACAUCACCCAUAUCCGCAUCGUCGAGUACUCGUCCCACCCGACCUCGCCGCCCCCGCCCCAGGCCCGCUCCGCGUCGUCCGAGAAGCCGCGCGUCAUCAUCGUCGCCGUGCGCAAGUCAGGCCGCGUCCGCAUGCACAAGUCCAAGGAGAACCCCAACGGCUCCUUCAGCAUCGGCAAGACGUGGAACCUCGAUGACCUGUCCACCAUCGAGUCCUUCACCGGCCCCGGCAUCACCCCCGACUACCGCCAGUGGGCCGGCAACAUCGGCUUCACCGUCAUCCUCGGAAAGCCUUACUACUGGCAGGCCCAGACCGACAAGGAGAAGAAGUUCUUCAUCGCGAGCCUGAUUAAGAUUUACGCAAAGUACACGGGCGGCCGCACCCCGACCCUCUCGGGCUUCGACCCCCAGGAGGAGGACCAGGUGCUGGGCGGGCUGCAGCGCCGACCCGGCAAGCCGCCGCUGCAGCAGUUCUCCCCCCAGCCCGAACGCCAGAAUGCGUCGGGUCGCCUUCCGAGCCGCUCGCCAGGGCCCUCGCAAGGCCGCAUGCCGCCCCCGCCACCAGGCCGAGCGUUAUUUACCGACCGAUCUCCCAUGUCGGAGCAGCAGCAACCGGUUGUCGUCGUGCCAGGAUCAAGGGCCGACUACGGCGGCCGGGAUGUUGCUCGAGAUGCCGCCCGCGGUGCCCCAGACUACCGAGGCUCACCCCCGAGGCCACCACAGCUGAUGGGGCAGGACGGCUCCGCGUCACCAGCCGCUAGCUUCGACUCGUCACGGUCCGCCAACCAGAGCGCGCUGCGCCGUCUCGCCGGCUCCAACAAGAGCCAGGACUCGGUGGCCGCCUCCUUCACCGCCAGGAGCGAGGAUGGCGGCAGCAUCACAACGACAAGGUCCCGGGAGCCGCCACCCUCCAACGGAUCCGGCCGCUUCGGCGGCAGCUCAUCUGAUCUCACCGUCACACGCGACGAGCGCCCCCCAGAACGGAAGCGUCCGCCCAUGGAUCCGGGCCGGCCGCAGGGCUACUCGGACGAUGCCCUUGUGCCGGCCCCGCUGAUGAGCUCCGGCAUGCGGCGCGACAGGGAGCCUGCUGUCCCUCCUAGGAACGUCGCCCGCAAGCCCUCGAUAGCGUCCCGUGCCGAGUCUCGUCCAGGCACGGCCCGUUCCGAGGUCAGCUCCCUUCAUGAUCGCUCUGUCACGGACUCGCCCGGCAGGUUCGACGCCGUCCCGUCCAGGAGCCCUGUUCCCGCCAACGGCUCAUUCUCCAAGCCACCUACGCCGAAGCCCAUCGCUGUCGUCGCUCCGCCGUCUCCUGUGCCUCCGCCAGCAGCAGAGCCGUCACCUCCGCCGCCCAAGACGCCGGUCGAGGAGAAAGCCACGCCGCCAGAAGAGGAGGAGCGCCCUGGGCUGGGCCCCAUGAUCAAGAAAAAGUCCAAGGGCGAGACACAAGGUGUGUUUUGGAAGGCGGCUGCGGCUGCGGCUGCUGGCGGGUUCAAGCCGCGUGCUGGAGGUGCGGCUGAGAGGCUGCGGCAGGCCGCGCUGUCGGUCAAGAACAGCGAGGAACCAGACGGCAUCACGGGCGUUGUGCCUGCGCCCCCGCGACCAGCAUCGCUGGAGAAGCCACAGGAGCAGUCGCCGCUCGGCGAGAUCCCCGAGGUUACAAUCACACCCUCCCAGGGUUCCGUGCCGACAGUCAAGAUCAAGGAGCUGGAGAAGUCGGCCAAAAAGGAGGCGGAGGAGGCCGAAGAGGCCAAGAAGGACGCGAGCUGGCAGUCGGUUGUCACCGGCAACGACGUCAAGUACCUGGCCACUCUCGGCGUGGACCCGAGCGUGCUGGACAACCGCAGCGUCGACUUCACCAAGUGGCUCGACUACUUCGGCUGGGUGCCUGGUGAGCAGAUGCGGUCGCGCAACUUUGACGACCUGAGGAUCGACAUCGACCGCGAGCUCAACCGGGCCCAGGCCGGCGGCUGGCUCGCGCGGUUCCGCGAAGAGGACGAGCGCGUCGACGCCAUCAAAAAGGGGAUCGACCUGUCGAUCCAGGAGUGCGAGGAGAUGGAUAACCUCCUGACCCUGUACAGCGUUGAGCUUUCUACACUGUCGGAGGAUAUCGCAUACAUAGAAGCACAGGGCCAAGGUCUCCAGGUCCAGGCUGCCAACCAGAAGCUCCUCAAGAAGGAGCUGGAGUCUCUGCUGGACACCUGUGCCAUCUCACAGACUGACCUCGACUCACUCAGGAUGGCGCCGCUCGAGAGUGCAGCGGGUCUCGAGGAGAUCGAGACCGCGCUUGUGACGCUGUUCAAGGCCAUGACCAAGAUCGACCCGACCAUGGGCAGCUCCGAGUCGGGCCGGAAGAGCGUCGACGGGAGCGGAGAGGACGCUUCUAUGGGGCUCAACAGCGACUACGGCAAGAUGCGCAUGGUGCAGGAGAAGAAGGAUAUGUACACGGCCGAGAGCGCGGCCUUCAUGAGGCGGCUGGUCGGCUUCACGGCCGGCCUGUUCGAGGACGCGUACAGCCAGGUGAAGCGGGCGGUGGACGGGCCCAUGUCCAAGAAGGUGGACCCGCGCAACCACGACGUCGGGCGGGACAUGCUGUGGAAGUAUAGCCCGCUCAUCCUGUUCGCGCGCGACAUGGACCUGGAGAACUGGAACCGCAUCGUGCAGAUAUACCAGGAAAAGUGCCACCCCGUCUACAAGGACGAGUUUCGAGGCGCGCUGGACCGGUGGAAGGUCAACCCCAAGUCGGUAGGCGAUGAUAGCGAUCUGCUCUUCACGUCGGCAGUGCAGGAGAAGCAGCAGGAGGGCAUGGUGAUGGCGGCGCGCAAGCUGACGGUCAAGCGCAGCCAGACGCUGGCGCGCACCUUCCGCGGCGAGAGCAAGGUCAGCCUGUCAGAGAAGCCGACGACAAACCACGGCCAGCCGUGGGAGGCCUUCCAGGCCGCGCUGGACGACCUGGUGCCCAUGGUGGAGAUGGAGCAAAACUUCAUCAUCGACUUCUUCCACGCCACCACGCUCGAGCAGCUCGACUUCCCCGAGGCCGUGGCCGCGGCCCGUCCGCAGGACCGCAGAGGGCUCGGGGAUCUGCGCCGCCACCGCCUCAUGGAGCCCGACCGCGAGCUUGCCAGGCGUGUGACGCGAGCCAUGGAGGUCAUCUUUGCAUUCCUGGAGCAGGAGCUGCAAAAGUUCAUCGACUGGGUCCUGUCCAGCAACCCAAUUCAAGGUGUUGGAGUGCUGGCAGCGCUGGAGCGCAAGAUGGCCGGGAUGGGCCAGUCCAACCAGGACUUCCUCAACAGCAUCCUUUCCAAGCUCCACGCGACGCUCGAGGGCAAGUUCAAGAAGUUCGUGGACGAGCAGAUCCGGGCCAUCGAGGACACAAAGGUCAAGAUCAAGAAGCGCAAGGGCGUGAUCGCCUUCAUCCGCAUCUUCCCCAACUUCAGCGCGGCGGUCGAGAACAUGCUCGUGGACUCGGACCCGACGCAGGGGGCGCGACGGACGGUGGACCGCGAAUACGAGCGCAUCUUGCGGUCCAUGUUCGAGUCGGUCAAGGUGAUCGCGCGCGACAACCCGGCCGUGUCGGGGGCGACGACGGCGGGCGGCGGCAGCAGCGCGCUGGCGGCGGACCCAGAGGACAAGGAGGCGCUCAACUUUCACAUCCUGCUGAUCGAGAACAUGAACUACUUCCUGGACGAGGUGUCCAAGAUGCAGCAGAACCAGCAGCACCAGCAGUCGGAGCCGGUCGAGGUGCUGGAGGAGUGGAAGGAGCAGGCGGCGGCGGAGCUGGCGGAGCACAUGUCGCUGUACCUCAACGCGGUGAUGCGGCGGCCGCUGGGGCGGCUGCUGGAGCACCUCGAGAACGUGGAGGCGCAGCUGGCCAACGGGAAGACGGCCGGGGCGGUGGCGGGGCAGGCAAGCAACAGUAAGGCCAUGUUCAACAAGGUGCUGGGCAACUACGACGCCAAGGAGGUGCGCAAGGGGCUCGAGGCGCUGCGCAAGCGGGUCGAGAAGCACUUUGGCGACUCGGACGACGGCGGGGGCGGAGGCCUAACGCCAGGCAUGGGCGGCGGCUUCAGCCAGCCGCAGACAGAGCACGCGCAGGGCCUGGUCAACAGGGUGCUGCGCGAGUGUGAGCGCUUCUACAACGACGUCGAAAUGCGCAUCUCGGCUAUCACGACAAACGUGUACGGCGGCGACGUGCUGUUUGAGUGGCCGCGCGCCGAGGUUAAGGCUGUCUUUUCCAACAUUGGGAGGUGA